UAAAUUUAAAAUCAGUCUCAACACAAAGGUUAGAGAAAGAAUGAAGUCCCACCGUUUGAUCGCUUUGAUCAAGGUUUUAGUGCUAGGACAUCUAUCAGUCCUUUGUGUUUCACAGGAGUUCGAUUUCUUCUACUUAGUCCAACAGUGGCCAGGCUCGUACUGUGACACAAAACAAAGUUGUUGCUAUCCAACGACGGGAAAGCCUGCAGCCGAUUUCGGGAUUCAUGGGCUGUGGCCUAACUACAACGACGGAACGUAUCCGUCGAACUGUGACCCGAACAACCCCUUUGAUCAAUCCGAGAUAUCAGAUCUUACCACCACUUUGCAAAGAAAUUGGCCAACGCUAGCCUGCCCAAGCGGCAGCGGCGUGAAGUUUUGGGAACAUGAGUGGGAAAAGCAUGGGACUUGCUCCGAGUCUGUGCUUGACCAACAUGCCUAUUUCCAAACCACUCUCAACCUCAAAAGGAAAGUAAAUCUCCUCCAAGUUCUAAAAACUGCAGGAAUACAACCAAAUGGAAAAUUCUACACUCUAGAGAACAUAAAAAAAGCUAUACAGGAUGGAAUUGGAUACACCCCAUGGAUAGAGUGCAAUGUGGAUGCGUCGGGAAAUAGCCAGCUUUACCAGGUUUACUUGUGUGUGGACACAUCAGGAUCCAACCUCAUUGAAUGUUCAGUUUUCCCAAAGGGAAGAGCAUGUGGUUCUGAGAUUGAAUUCCCUACUUUCUAGAUAUGUUGACAUUAAGCUUAAGAAAGAAAUUCAGGACCAUGGAAUUUUAAUAAGAACUCUCUACUUGAUUAAAUGUACAAUGUAUUCAUAUUGUCUUACCACUUGAUCAUUCAUGAAGUCAUGAUCAGUGAGUUCU